CCAGAAUGCAGUGGGAGCUAAAUUGUUAUACCUGUCAAUUCACGAUUUGAUAAAAGACAUGCUCGUAGACUAAGAUUUUUUGAAUCCAAUCUAGUGUGAUAGAAGAUUAUUAGAAGUGAAAUGUGAAUUUUUCGCAAUGUAUGUUAACACAAAUAAAAUAUUUUUAAAUUUGAAAAUAAGUUAAAGAUAUCACGUCUUAUCGCUUAGCAAUUUAUUCGUUUGUUUUAGUAAAACGAUCUUUUGUUUACGUAUUGGCGUUCACCUUUUGUUUUGUAAUAGACAAACGAAUAAAACGCUUCGUAAUCACACACCAAGGAUAAAGACAGGGUCCAAAAAAUAAGGGGCAAAAAACUUGGUCAACUAAUCGAGAUUCGGUUGUGUUAGUUCUUAUUGUAAAUUCGUAUCCAAAAACUACAAGUGCGAACAAAGCGGUAAUAAUCCAGAAUAAUGGGUAAACAAAAUAGUAAACUCAAGCCUGAAGUAUUGGAGGAUCUGAAACAGAAUACGGAGUUUUCAGACGCAGAAAUACAAGAAUGGUACAAAGGAUUCCUGAAGGACUGUCCCAGUGGCCAUCUUUCCGUCGAAGAGUUCAAAAAGAUAUACGGGAAUUUUUUCCCUUACGGUGACGCUAGUAAGUUCGCAGAACACGUAUUCCGGACAUUCGAUGCGAAUGGCGACGGGACUAUAGAUUUCAGAGAAUUCCUGUGUGCACUUAGUGUGACGUCGCGCGGCAAGCUGGAACAAAAGUUAAAGUGGGCAUUCUCCAUGUAUGACUUAGAUGGAAACGGAUACAUCUCAAGGCAGGAGAUGCUGGAAAUCGUCACUGCUAUUUACAAGAUGGUGGGCUCCGUUAUGAAGAUGCCGGAAGAUGAAUCUACCCCAGAGAAACGCACCGACAAAAUAUUCCGUCAGAUGGACAGGAACAAGGACGGAAAACUCUCCCUCGAGGAGUUCAUAGAAGGAGCCAAGAGCGACCCUUCUAUUGUACGGCUGCUCCAAUGUGAUCCCCAAUCUCAGUGAUAUACGAAAUAUUAAUAUCACCUUCGAGCAUUGAAUCACUCGAUCUAUCCACACGUAUGAACUUAUUGUAAUAUAAAAUCACCCUUGUUACUGUGCUUCUAAGAGCUAGUGCGCAAUGUGAGAGUUUGUUGCACAACCGGUCCGAACGGACGGCUGUCCUGCUGCUUGGUUGCCCUCUCGUUUUGAAUAUAUUAAUAUAAAUCGAUCGUCGCUAUCGAUACAAAAAGACAGAGACCAUUAGAUUAAUAGUGUAUCAAAAAUAUCGAUAAGUGUAGUUCACUUAGUGUCUGUUUACUUGUUCGAACAACGAUCGUGAUAAAGGGCUGUGAAUAAACAACGUUAUACAAAUUUCGUCGCUAUAUUACAAAAAAAAAAAAUAUCCGUGUUCUCCUCACGACCCAUUUCGCUUGUACUGAAUAAGAUCGUGUCGAUCGACACGACCGGUGACAAUAGUAUGUCCCAACUAUAUCGAAUGUAUAGAUCUGUUAAAUAAAUAAGGUGUUGAUUCAAAAUUUAAUUAGAGUUUUAUAUUGUUGCAUAAUAUGAUAAUUUUUAUGUGACCAAGCACCGGGACAACUGUGCAACUAACCAGUGUAAAAUGUUUUAUGAUUUAUAUUUUCCAAUGAUAUCUAGUUAGGUUAAACAACCUUUUCAACCCUUUAUCGUUUCGACCUUGUUCAAGCGGGCUGCCGAUCUAAAAUGUAGUUUUAUCAAAAACUCUUGUGAACGAUUGUGCCGCUAAUAAACUAUUGGGAUAAUCAACACAUUAUCCCAAUAGUAAAUUAUCAAUAGAUUAGAGAAUAACGCAAACUAAUGUGAAACCUCAGCCCGCUUAUAAUGUAACAUUUAAAUCUAUUAAAUAUAAUAUAUAUUUAUAUAUGUUUAAUAUAAAUGUUAGGAAAACGAUGUGGAUGUUAUUUGGAAUUCUGGUAAUCUCGAUUUCAUUUUUAGAUUCUGACUGUAAAUCUCGUAAUGCGACCAUUGAUCUAUUGAAAUUACUUUACUUAUAAUAUGUUACACUUAUAAAUAAAUUUAGCCUUAUACAAACAACUCAGCAGUGCAUUAUAGUAUAAGUAUUCACGCAUUUUUGCUGUACGAAAAAUAUUAUAUAUUAUUGUUAAGCAGUUUAAACUGCUAAUGCCUCAGUGCCAUACUGAUGCUUAUCAUCCAUCGAAACUAACGAAUAUUAUAUAUUUUUCAAUAACGUAAUAUUCGUGUCGAUUCCGUCAAGUAAACAACAUGCAGUAUUAUUGAGAUUAUAAAUAAAUAAAUAAAACUUCCCUCUUACCUAAACGAUACCUUGUCUAAUACUGGGAAGUGAAAUAGUACCAAGGUCUGAAACAUAGAUGUCGCAUUCGCGGUUGUGUUUCUUCGUCAACAGAUGUCGCUGUAACGAUGUUUUAUUUGAACAACGAACAUGCAGCAUUAACGCGUGUGUAGCUGUAUAUGAGGUACUUUAGAUGUACAACGUUGUCUUACCAGUGGUAGCUCCGGAAUCUGUACUAGUCAUAAGCACCUGUACACAUUUAUGUACAAAACUUCUUACAUACCUUUUUAUCAUAUAAUUUUUAUCCUUAUAUUUAUUGUAAUCGCAUUGCAAAGACAGAAUUAACUAGCACAAUUAAUAUUAUUAAAAUGAAGACAAUUUUACAUUAUUUUUACACAGAAACGACGCCAAUAAUUUUUUAUGGUAUACUAUUUUAUGAAUUUAAUAAUAGACGCUUUUCAAGUAUUUGAUAUUAUUUAAAUAUAAUUUUAUUGACAAUUGCUAUGUAAAAAUUGAUGUGACGAAUCAUUUAAGUAUUAUUUGGUUAUAGUUUUCGUUGCCUCACAUUAUGCCGGUCAUAAAGAGUAAUUAAAAAAAUAUUGCAGCAUAAAGACUGCGUGCAAAAGAAUGAGUGAAUAUUGUAAAGUUAGUAAUCAUUUCAGUGCAUGUCUUUUUUAAAAUCUGAAGGUCUGUCUGUCAAUUUCUAAGAAAAAGACUCCGCUUACGAGGAAACGCGGGAGACGAGAAAAUAGACGAUAGUUGAAAAAAAUAUAUUAUGUCAUGUGCAACCUUGAACCUUCCCGAAUACUUAAAAAUAAACCUAUGAGAAAAAAAUCAUAAUUUUGUAUUUCCCCUGUUUCCUUCUUCAAAACCGG